CCCUACUAAAAACUUGUGGCAUCCCCUAUGCACUUACCCAGCAUGCUCUGGGGGUUACGGGCAAGUGCUUGCACUGAUGCAAGGGCACCAGCGUGGCCAUGGCAGAAUCCUGUCACUGUUAUUACGUCCCUGUGGCUCAGAUCUAUAUAAAGAGCCUGGACUCCCCCUCUACACUCAGAAGCUACAGCCCCAUGGAUUCCUCUGCUCCCAUCCUCCUCCUCCUCCCCUGGCUGCUCAGCGUGGCGCUCACUCUGCCCAUAGAGGUUAUCUUCCCCCGAGCCACCGCUAAUGAAACGAAUCCCGUGUUUGGGGACGAUGUCUUCGGGGACAUCCUGAGAGCCAAUGAAGGAACCAACGUUCUGCUCCGUGAAACAGACAUCGCUGUUCCUCUGGGACGUAACUCCAUUUCCUGCAAGACCUGCCUGUGGCCCAAAUCGACCAAUGGGAGAGUGAACGUGCCCUACGUCUUCGAUGAAAAGUACUCUGAAGGGGAAAAGAGCACCAUUAGGGAAGCCAUGAAGGAUUUUGCAACCAUGACCUGUGUGGAGUUUGUCCCUAAAACGGCGGAGCCCAACUAUCUUUCUAUCCACCCCGGGGACGGCUGCUGGUCAUUUAUGGGAGUGUUGGGUGGAGCCCAAGGGGUGUCGCUUGGCGGCGGCUGCCUGGGGUAUCGCACCAUACAACAUGAACUGACCCAUGCCUUGGGAUUCUGGCACGAGCAGAACCGGAGCGACCGGAAUAAAUAUAUUGAUGUAUUUUGGCAGUACAUCUCUCCAGAUGCUUCUAUCAACUACCAAGAAAUGGACACCAACAACCUUGGCAUGGAGUAUGACUACGUGUCGGCAAUGCAUUAUGAAAACUGGAUGUUCAGUAACACGUCUGGGAAGAUCACCAUGGCGGCUAAGGAUGAUCCUAGCAGACGUUUAGGUGGAGCUAAAGAGCUGACCAACCUGGAUUACAGUAAGAUAAACCGGCUGUAUGAAUGCGAUGUCGUUAGCACAUUACUUAAUGAAGAGCGUGGGACCCUGAAGUCGGCCAAUUACCCUUCGCCGUACCCCAAUAACGCCAAGUCCUAUUUCCUGAUUAGGACGGGUUCUCAGCAGGUGUCCCUAAAAUUUGAGGCUUUUGAUAUUCAAUCUUCCCCUCAGUGUAGCGCUGACUACAUUAAAAUAUAUGAUGGUUCCACUAAAUCCUCCCCGGUCCUACUGGAGAAAUCAUGUGGGACAGGGAAACACCCCCCGCUGAUAGCCUCGGGCCGAGCCCUCCUGCUAGAGUUCCUCAGUGACGGGGCUCAAACCGCUACUGGAUUCAAGGCUUUAUAUGAAACAGUGGAAUGUGGAGGCACCUACACCACCCCAUUAAGGAACAUCACAUCUCCAAAUUACCCAAAAGACUAUCCACCUUCCAAAGUCUGCCUGUACCUCAUAUCUGCUCCCCCAUCCUACACGAUCUCUCUGAGAGUAGUCACCAUGGACAUCGAGAAAAGCCGCCAGUGCCGCCGGGAUUACCUGGAGAUCUACAACGGAGACUCUACCUCUGCUCCACUCUUGGGGAGAUUCUGCGGCUCCCUAAUGAUGUGCUCGCCGAGGAGCAAUGGGAACAGCAUGCUUCUGAGAUUCGUCACGAAUGGGGACACGCAAGGCAAAGGCUUCCUGCUGAGAUACAGCUGGGUUGCACCGAGAAGUGUCCUACCCUGAGUGCUGCCAUCUGGGACAGAGAGAAACAUAAUGCUUAAUAUAUACCUGUGUGCCUAAUGAACAUAAGGGCCACUAGGUGUCACUACAGCUCUGCUUGCUCUUGGGUCUCCUGUUGUUCUACCCUUUCCUUGCACUGAUAAGCUCCUUCUCUUUUGAGCUAACACUGAAGGCUUUUUCUUAAUUCCUUUUUGGGAUUUAUGUUUUAGAAAUGGGGGUGCCUUUGCCUGAGUGGGUGCUGCCAUAUUGUUUCCUCUGCUGUAAGCAAAUUAAUUAUCCUUCAUUAACGCCAGUGGAACAAAUAUGUUUGAUCCAGAUAAAACUAAAUAUGGCAGAAUUUUGCCUUUAUAUAACAAAGUAAUUCCUCAACAGUAUCUUUUAUGGUUGGAAUAACCCUUUUUACCGAGCAACAAUAAUAAAUACAAUUAAAUAUAUUUAA